GUGGAUAUGAAAAGUAAAAAUAUCACAUUUUUGUCACAAUCUUUACUUUUCAAUAUCAAUGAAAACGUUGAAUUUUUAUAUUUGAACAACAAUAAUAUCAAGGUAAUACCUGAUGAAUUAUUUAUCAAUUUCCCAAAUCUUAUAUGGUUAGAUUUAAGAUGUAACAAAAUACGUAAAAUACCCAGAAGCAUUGAGCAACAUCAAAGUUUGCAAGUGUUGUUGUUGGGUAAAAACAAUUUAAAAGAGUUGCCUAACACGCUUGGAUCUAUAAGUAAACUCAAAGAAUUAAAUGUUAGUGGAAAUCCUAUAGAAUAUCCAAGUAGAGAUAUAUUAAAAAAAGGUUCCAAAUAUUUAAUUAAAUACUUACAAGAACAAUGGUUCAACGAAACCAAUCAAUCAUAUUGUGCAUUCAAUAAUAAUCUAGAAGAAAAUAUUAAAAUAAAGGAUAUUUCAACAUCAGCUCCUUAUAUGUUUAAAAAACAAAAUAAAAAAAUACAAGGUGGCAUUUUCAAUAAAGCUCGGUUGAUGGAGAGAUACAGUUGGCCAAUGAUAUUUUUGACUAAUUGGAGCAGUGAUCGAUUAGUUACUGAUAGAGAUGUGAGACUGAAGGAACUUGAAAGACUCUAUAAAGAUAAACGCAAAACUUUGCUAGAGAAACAAGAAAGAUGUCUCCAAUCUUUCAAAAACAAAGAAUUAUUGAAAGGCUGGAGAUAUAAAGCAAGACAAUUACAAUUAAUAGAAAGUGAUUCAAAAUAUCAAAACUAUACCGGACUUGAAGCACCAUUUGGACUUGAUAAAAAGAAUCUUAAGACAAUAUCCAGAAAAAUGUACAACAAAGAAAUAAAUGAGACUUUGAAAAAUACUAAUACACCAAUAACAUUUCCUAAAAAAUUUGAUUUCGAUUUGGAAAUGUCUAAUAUAUAUCAAUUGUUGACUAAUAUAAAUACAAAUAUGAUUGGAUAUGACAGCCAAAAUGACAAUAAGGAUAGAGUUUUGAUGUCUAAGGUUGAAAUUGAAACACAAAUGUUACAGGAUAUUCAAAAACGUAUUGCUAAUUUAAAGUCAUGUGUCAUAAAAUAAUCAACACUUUAUAUUUCAAGAAUUUAUUAAUAAUGUAACUUACAUUCAGAUGAAUUUAUUUAAUUUAUUUUUAUUAGACAAUAUAUUUAUUAGAAAAAAUAUCUGUAAA